AUGACAGCAGCCAGCCAGCCAGCCAGGGGACAAGGUGCACAGGAUUGUGAAGAAAAGGAUGAAGAAGAUGGAAUUACGAAACGUUCUGAGCUGAAGGAUCAACAAAACCCAGUGAAAGAACAGGAAAGACACCAGGAGUCAGAAAUACUUGAAGAAGAACUUACAAAACUUCAAGAUGAAGUCAAGCAAAGCAAAGGGGUCAUCACAAAACUUAAUUCUGACUUGAAAAAUGAAAAGGAACUCACAAAACAACUACAACAACGAGUUGAAGAGUUACAAAUACUAGAAAAAGAUUGGAAAAGUCUCCAAGAUAAAAUCAAGCAGCAAGAAGAAGCUAUCACGGAACUUACCUCUGACCUGAAGAAUGAAAAGGAUCUCACCCAGAAACUACAACAAGAAGUUGAAGAGUCACAAAUAUUGGAAGAAGAAUUUAGACGACUCCAAGAUCAAGACAAGGAAAAAGAAGAAGUAAUAGAGGAACUCAAUUCUAGGUUAGAAGAGGGACAACAUCUAAUGAAAAAGCAGGCUGAAGAGUUAGGAAUGCUUAUAGACGAAAACAAAAUAAUAAAAGACCAAGAAAUUAACGCACUUAGAUAUGAGCUAGAGCAGGCACGGGAAGAAGUGGAGGAAAAAGAAGAAAGAAUCAAGGAACUUACUUCUGAGCUGGAAGAUGCAAGAAACUAAGUAGAAGAACUGGAACAACAGAUCCAAGAGUCAAAGAUAAUUGAGGAAGAACUCGCUCCGGCAUGAAGAAUCAAGAAACACAUUUUCUAUUAACGAUCCAAAACGAGAACAAAGAAAAACAAUAGAAAGUGAAAUUUAGUUUUGUGGAUAUUUGAGGUUAGCCUUAGCUAAAACAAAAUUAGUAAAACCUUUUAUCAUUUGUUUUGGUAGUUAGAUAGUUGUUGUAACAUGAAGGGUAGAGAUAAUUUGACUUUUGACCUCAGAAUUCGCUGAUAUAAGACAAUUGAAGCGUAUGUGUUCUUAAUUGCAACUGUUUUAUACUGCCACGUAAAUGACAAAAUUAAUGCUAAAUUUCCUCAAAGGCGUGUAAGUGGUGAUUUAAAAUCUUAGCUUAUUAACGAAACAAAAAAAAGGAAAAGCAAUGAUUUUAGCGGGAAUGCAUGCUCCUUUUUGUUUUGACUUUUCACGUUUUAUUUUUCUAUGUUUUUCUGCUUCAAGCAAAUAUAUUUUUAUCAGUUACAUGGAACAGUCUUUGUAAACUUGCAUGUAAAGGAGCCAUCUCUCCCUAGUGACCGUCACUAGUUCCGACAAUUCUGUCAAUGUGAAUUUUCAGUCACCAGUGCAAAAACAUAUAAGUAAGCAUGAGGAACAUGCGCAGAUUGAGUAAGCUGUUGAUGUUUAGCGCCUUUCAGAAGAAAAACUAGCAAAAGGCGUUACGUAACAGCACCUUACGUCGAUUGCGUGUGUUCCUAUGGUUAUGCGUAAGUGAAAACCGGCCUUUAUUGAAACACAAUAUUAGCGGACUCAAGAUUUGAGUGCAAGUACGAGAACGACUUUUCAAUGCUAGUUGUCAACUGAUAAAUAAUUCAUCCAGUUUAGACAAAGGAAAUCCUGACCGUGACGAUGUUUGAAUAUUUCAUGUUAAUUGUCAUAUAUUUUUAGGAACUUAGUUCUCCAUUUUCUCCUUAGUUUUAGUUUCGAUUGAGAAGAUAUAUCAAACACUCAAGAUAGAGUUUCACCACAUUAACAAACACCUCGACGAUCGUCAAAAAUACUCCGCUGUGCGUCGUAUUUUCAAUUCUCUUCUCGGUGUUUGGAAAUAUUGUCAAACACGAUCUUUCGUGUUUGACAUAUUACUACUCAGGCUACACAUUAUCACGUCAGGUGACCGGUUAGCUCAGUUGGUAGAGCGUCGGACUACCGUGCGGGAGGUCUCGGGUUCGAGCCCCAGACCGGACCAACACUGAUGGU